GUGUGCGAGGGUUACAGGUUUGAACUGUGCCUUGAAGCAGGAGUUAGAUUCUGACAGAGGCUCUGAGAUGUGGGCCAACAACAGGUGCAAACGCCCCAUGAUGGAAGAGUUAAGGAUCCACUUGCAGAAGGAGGGUCUGCCCAUUGGAAUGUAAGCCCCCUUGGAGCUGACCGACGGCAGCCCCACCUCACCCUCACUUCAGCCUCCAGAGCCAGGGACUGGGUCUGGGACAGACCGCACCCCAUGAAGGCGGGAGGUGGAGAAGCGGGUCCUGGAGACCCCCCAGACUUUCUGGGAUUCAGUCCAUCUCAACUGAGGAUACACCAUGAGGAGCCUGAGGUCCCAGAAGAAGAGGCGCCCGGAGGAGACGAGGCGGAGGCUCCGGCCCUGGUGCAGCUCAUCGACGAGCACGGGACGUACUCGACUGCGCGCCUGGUUCCCGACGUUUCUGCGGAGGAGCGCUCAGGAGCACCGCCGCCUCCACAUGGGCGAGCGCCCCUUCCCCUGCCCGUCCUUCCCGAAGCGCUUCAAGACCCCCUACAAGCUGCACCGCCACGAGCCUCUGCACGCCCCUUCGCGGCCCUUCCCCUGCUGGGACUGCAGCAAGGCCUUCGCGGCCGGGCCGACCCUGCUUCUGCACCGGCGGCAGCACUGUGAGAACAAGCCGCGCUCCUGCAGGGUGUGCAGCAAGCACUUCACCCACCGCCACAGGCUGCGGGUGCACGAGCGCGUGCAUAUGGGCGAUCGGCCCUUCGUCUGCCCGCUGUGCACCAAGGCCUUCAAGCAGUCCAACGCGCUGGCCUCUCACCUCCGCGUGCAUUCGGUCGAGCGGCCCUACCCUAGCUAGGUGGCUAGCUGCUGCCAUCCUGGACAGCACAGGUCUAAGGUAUGAAGGCAUGAAGGGUGCCCGGUAGUGGCUGUGACAUUUGAAGAAUUGCCACUGAUGCCCAUGUAAGCCACUUACUAUACUUAAUAUUCUUGAGAAGGACUUUGCAGAGGGCCUUUAACAAAACCUUUUUUUUUUUUUUCCCCCUGCAAAGCCAAGACGAAAGUUUAUAAAUCUCAUUCCAGGGUAGCAAGUGCACAUACCCAACCGAGCACACUGGUUAUGUGGUAUAAAUGUACAUGGUAAUAACUUUAAUCAAAUCAGAGCUGCUACCAUGUAUAACCUGUUAGGUGGCCCUGUAGCUGUGUCAGUGUUCCUCAUUUACUAAAAUGUCAAUGUGGUAAUGAGGUCAUCUGGUGGUGAGGAUGUCCCAUUGGUGGCUUGUGGCAUAAAGAAUAUGAGGGUAGCCACAAAUGCAGGUAGGAGCUGUAGGAGCCUUUCUUGAAUGUGAGCGCUUCUGGGUCCUCCUCCACCACCUGUACGUAGACCUUUGGUACUAAGGCCUUGCUGGUGACUCUUGUCAAAUUUAAAGAAGUUCACAGAUGGAUGGAUAACUGUUCACUGUGGACACCCUGGGUUAUGUCCUUACAGGCAUAGCACAGCAAAACCAUUGGUGCUGAGAUCUUCUAGUUGGUGGUGUAUGGCGUUUUAGGAACAAUCAUUUUGCCAGACAUGGGCGUGACCUGCACUUCAGGUGGGCGUCCCAUCUCUGUUGGCUGCUUCUUGGUCCCCAUCUGUCAGAUCAACUUGUAAUGGUUGGAGGCCUUUCCACAGCAUCCACAGUGUUCCCUUCGACCCUAGCAUCAGCUCCAUGAGCCCUACCUUUGGACGGACGUCCACUCUCAUAGACCUUGCCUUGCAGGUGGCUGGAAGUGUGAUAAGAUAGCUUCUGGGAUGGUGGCCACAGUGGCAUCCAGAAUAUCUGAGUCGUCCCAUCCCAGCUCUGAGAUCAGCUCUGCAGACAGUAUUUUUUUAAGCCAGUAAUAGCCCAGGUAUCAUGCAGCUGAUUCCAAAGAUGUCCCUUGGGUGCUGAAGAGGUCCCCUGGGUACUGAAGGUGUCCCCUGGGUGCUAAAGAUGUCCCCUGGGUGGUUUGUGGGAUUUUUCAGAACAUCAGUAUUGCCUCCCACCCACCCAUACCCUACUCUCAGCCCUUCACAGAUGUGUUCUCUGAAGAGAAAGCUGAACUUACGGACAAAGUUCAGCCCAAGGAAGUAUGUCGCGGUCACUGGGGCUGUGAUCUUGGUGAUUUGGGACAUUUCCAGAACACCUUCAACUCUCCCUCUCCCACCUCUUGGUCUGGCCUCAGCUCCAUGGAUUCUCACCUUCUGAAUGCUGUUUCUUUCAAGUCCCCAGCUUCACCUCCAUAACGUGCUAGAGGUCCCCCCCCCCCCGGGAAUUUAUGUAAACGCUUAAUAGCAUUGGGGGAGGAGCUAGGGAUUUGCCUGGGAGGCAUCAUAAGGUGGGUCCUAUCCUUGUGGCAGCACAGUUUAAGGUCAAGUCCUUAAAGGUCUUAGUCCUCCC